AUGCAUUGCUGCAAACAUAUUGCCGUGACACAAUGCCGUAGUACUGUUGUGUACGAGGCACGCAUAAGCAGACCUCAGUGUAAUCGCCUAUAUGAUCGUAUUUGCACGACACCGAAGUGUAAAAUAUGCCCGGAUAACAACGAGGGUGAUUGCAUGAGUUCAUGUGUUGUUUAUAUGAUUUGCUGUGUACAGUGUGGUGACGAAUACAUAGGAGAAACAGCUAGACCACUAUGUAUUCGAAUCAAAGAACACCUGGACGGCAAAAGGAAAUCAUGUGACUCCACUGCAUUGGGUGGUCACAGGGUGCGGCGUCAUAACGGAGAAGAUUUUGAAGUUAAGAUCACGAUUUUGGCGCGCGAACCUAGCAUUGCGGCGCGCAAGGCUCUGGAGGCUUUUUGGAUCCACUCCAGGAGUCCAAAAAUGAAUCGCAAGGAGGAAUGCCUCUCCAUUACGCGGGAACUCGCGCCUUAUUUAAGGCUGAUAUUUGAUUGCGCUAGUCACCUCACAUCAGGUAUCUAG